AUGUUUAAUAGGAAACUGAAUUAUCCUUUUUUAAACUGUUUUAAAAAAAUUUUUUUUUCUGAAUUAAUAAAUAAAGAGAAGAAUGAUAAAAUAACAGGAAAUGUAGUAAAAUUUGAUAAAAGGAAAGGAUAUGGUUUUAUAAAGCCUAAUGAUGGAGGACCAGAUAUUUUUGUUCAUUACUCUGAUAUUUGUUACAGUAGAAGUUUUGCAAUAACUAAUGAUGAAAAAAAAAAAUUAGCAUGGACUUCGAACAUGGAUUUGAGGAAUAGCAAAAUUGAUUUUAAUUUUGAAAAUGAUAACAAAAAAAAGCAAGAAAUUAAAAAAGAGUUUAAAUACUUAAUACCAGGUGAAAAAGUAAAAUUUUCCGUUAUAUAUGACGAAAAAAGUCAUUCUAGUAAAGCAAUAAAUGUUGAGUAUCUUGAUUAA